AUGAGAUCAGCGACUGCACCGAAUCCACCAUGUUCGUCGGAGAACCGUUUCAAUGACGAUGCCUGUGAUUUUGAAUGCGUUAUUGGGGAGAAGAAAUUGGUUCCUCUUUAUGGUAAAGGAAGAUCGGUAAUUGAUCCAAGAACGGAGAUUCCUCCUCGUCCUUCCGACAUUCAUACGUUGUUUGCAAGCUUAGAGCAAAUGCGUUUGUCUCGUGAGGCUAUAGAACAACGUUUCAAGGAGUAUAUAGAUCAGUGUAUUAAGGAAUUUUGUAUGGCUCAAGAGCAGCGUAUCGCACUACUUCAGGAGGCUCAAGAGCGGCGUUUCCAGCAGCUUGAGUGUCGUAUCAAAGUGUGUCGUGCUGAUGCAGAUUACCGGAUCAAAAAGUUUCAAGCGGAGGCAGAACAACGUAUCAAGGAGUGUCGCGUAGAGGCUGACCAACGUAUCAGGGAGUGUCGCGCAGAGUAUCAUGCGGAUGCAGAACAACGUAUCAAGAAGCUUCGUGCGGAUGCAGAGCAGCGUAUCAACGAGUUUCGCGUGGAGUGUCAUGUGGAGACUGAGCAGCGCAUCAAGGAGUGUCAAUGUCCCGUUUGCAAAUGCGUUGUUGGGGAAGAGAAAUUGGUUCCUCUUUAUGGUAAAGGAAGAUCGGUAACUGAUCUAAGAACGGAGAUUCCUCCUCGUCCUUCCGACAUUCAUACGUUGUUUGCGAGCUUAGAGCAAAUGCGUUUGUCUCGUGAGGCUACAGAACAGCGUUUCAAGGAGUAUAUAGAUCAGUGUAUUGAGGAAACUUGUGUGGCACAAGAGCAGCAUAUCGCACUACCUCAGGAGGCUCAAGAGCGGCGUUUCAAGCAGCUUGAGUGUCGUAUCAAAGAGUGUCGUGCUGAUGCAGAUUACCGGAUCAAAAAGUUUCGUGCGGAGGCAGAACAACAGCAGCGUAUCGCACUACUUCAGGAGGCUCAAGAGCGGCGUUUCCAGCAGCUUGAGUGUCGUAUCAAAGAGUGUCGUGCUGAUGCAGAUUACCGGAUCAAAAAGUCUCGUGCGGAGGCAGAACAACGUAUAAAGGAAUGUCGCGCAGAGGCAGACCAGCGUAUCAGGGAGUGUCGCGCAGAGUAUCGUGCGGAUGCAGAACAACGUAUCAAGAAGCUUCGUGUGGAUGUAGAGCAGCAGCAGCGUAUCGCACUACUUCCGGAGGCUAAAGAGCGACGUUUCCAGCAGCUUGAGUAUCGUAUCAGAGAGUGUCGUGCUGAUGUAGAUUAUCAGAUCAAAAAGUUUCGUGCGGAGGCAGAACAACGUAUCAAGGAGUGUCGCGCAGAGGCUGACCAACGUAUCAGGGAGUGUCGCUGUUAG